AUGGGUACCUUUAGGCCGAAGAGCAUUAUACCACCGGUGAAGACCUCUUUGCAAGUGGCAUGUGAGAAGGCUUUUGACUUGGCGUCUCGUGUAUGCUCUGGUCGAGAUUUGGUGGAGGAGUUUCUUGCUGCUGGGAUUUACCCCCUAGGUCGAGAUACCUGGACGGAUUUUACUUUUGAGAAAAUGGAACUUCGAUAUCUUGACGAAGGCGUGCCUAUGCCGUUUCCUCGGUUUGGUUUGAGCAGGCCUAAGUCUGAAAAUAAUGGUAAAUUUGUGCGUCGCAUAGAGGAAGAGGCCAACAAGAUCCUUGGUGACUAUUCUGACAAGGAACAUGCCGCCCGAGUGGCUGUACUCGGUACCUGUCCGAGGCUAAAUAGGGUUUUUGAAGAGAUGAAGGUGACAUAUUCUGAGCGGCCUGUUCCUGAGAAGUUUCGGCUUAGGGAGCAGGCGGCCUGUUUGUGCAAGGAGAAUACCUCUGGAACCUCUGGAGGUUCAAAGCGCAAGGAUCUGUCGAGGAAGUCUGUAGCUUAUUGUAAGAGGGUUAAGAGUUUGGAUGCUGGGCAACAUAAGGCGAAGUAUCUAUCUCCAACAUUGUCUCCGGUUGCUGAGUUGGCCAAGGAUGGGGAGGCCGAGGAUACCGAUCUGUGCAGCGGUGGUGAUUCUUUGGAUAAUAACGUGGCUGGAUUAGUUCGUGAAUGUCGUUUGCCUUCUGUGUUCGAUGAUGACGUUGAGGACAUGGAAUUGAUUGAUGAUGAUGACUCGGGGUUAGUUACUAGCACUUUGCAAGAAGCUAUUGCUGAAGAGAAAGAAGAUGUGGACCCCAUUGGUGAUGCUGAUCCGAAGAUCGCUGCAGUAGCUUCGGUUGAAGUGGCUGCUGCUAUUGACGUGUCAGGCGCUGCUCUUUCCAGCCCUUCUUCCAACCGAGGGGUUGUGGUGGAGGCUGGGGGCUCUACACCAACUGAUUCUGCUGGGGUUGCUGGAGCAAGUGUGAUGCCUAAAGUUCCGGCGGCGGGCGCGGACGGGGUUGGUCAUGGCAUUGUUGAGGAACAGGGGGUUCGAGCUUCCUUCAAAGGUGAUCAUGAAGGUAUUCCCAAGAGAACUAGAGCUGAUGAGGAUAUUGGGACGCGUCUGUUACAGACAAGACAUGCUUUCGAAAGUUACUUGGAUAGCUUGUCGUGUGAUGAUAUUCUUCGCCUUACCCAUGAACAUGCUUACCAGACUUCUGUCAUGGCUAACUAUCUGAAGGUUAAGGUUAAGGGUGCACUUGAUCUUCGCAACCAGAGUUUGUCUGGCCUACAGGAUAAGGUUACCUCCCUUGAGGGGGAAGUUGCACAGCUUCGCGAGGACAAGGCCGGUCUGGAGAGGUCUCUGAAAGAUAAGGAGAGCGAGAAUCAAACUGUCCUGCAGCUUGUUCGCAAGGAUUAUGAGGCCGCAUGCAGAGACAAAACCUCACUAGAGAAGGAGCUUGAGAAGAUGCGGGAUGCUGCGAUUGUUAAGUCGACUGACCUUUCCAAGAACCUCGAAGAGAAGGUGCUGGAGCUUAAUUAUUUGAAUGAUGAGAAGACUAAGCUUGAGGGCCAAGUUCGUGAUAAAGAGGAUGUGAUUGAGGACCUGCGGGCUCAGGUUGCUAAAGAGUCAACUGCAUCUUUUGAUCUUAAGAGCCGGGUUCAGUUUUUGGAAGACAAGAUGGAAGCGACCAAAUCUGAGUUUGCUGAGCUACCGGAUUUUAUUGGCAAGGUUGGGGACUUCGGAACUUUGUCCGGUGUGACCAACCUCUUAUCUAUGAUGGAGAAAUUUGGAUGCGGGCAUCUCCAAGAAUUCUUGAAGAAGAGUUAUGCGUUUCCGUCUCCUAACGAACUCGGCGAGCCAUCAAGGACUGUGAAUAUUGCCCGGCAACGGUUCUUUCGGGAGUUUUGGGCUUCACACGGGAGAGACCACGCCCGAAGUCUUGCCGAGGCUCGUCAGGCGGAGGUGAGGAAGGCUAAAGGGAAGAUUGGAGAAUCUACUUCUGGUGAAGAUUUGAAGGAUGAGCCCCCUACGGAGGUUUAG